AUGGGUAGUGCCAGCCAGGAGGCCGUUCAGCCUUCCUCCCCUGAGAUCAUUCGCCAGUCUGAAGAGAAGGGUCAAGAUGCCACUCAGGUCGAGCGCACCUUGUCUGGUGCUGACGCCAAAGGCGACCACGUCAACUACGACCGUAUCGACAACGAAAUCGCCGAGUAUGCCGAUGCCACCGGCGCUGUUGUCAUUACCGAGGAAGAGAACAAGCGCCUGAAGAGGCUUAUCGACAGACGCGUCCUGCCCAUCAUGGUGGUGACCUACUUCCUCCAGGCGCUGGACAAGGGAACCAUGUCCUUCAGCUCCAUCAUGGGAAUCCGUGAUGACAUCCCGAUCCUCAAGCAAAACUACUACUGGGGAUGGCUCACCACCUGUAUUUACAUUGCCGUUCUGAUUGUUGAAUACCCGACCAACUGGCUGAUCCAACGUGUGCCUGUCGCCAAAUACCUCAGCUUCAACAUUCUGGCAUGGAGUGUUGUGCUUUGCUGCCACGCCGCAUGCUUCAGCUAUCCGGCUCUUAUCACCUGCCGAACUCUGCUGGGAAUUUUCGAGGCUGUUUGCCAGCCCGCCUUCCUGAUCAUGAGUUCGAUCUGGUACAAGCGCUCGGAGCAGGCCCAGGUUGUCACCUACUGGUACAUGAUGAACGGCAUGCAGCAGAUCUGCGGUGGUCUGUUGGCCUACGCCUUCUCCCACAUUAGGCAUCCCAGCUUCCAGGAUGGCAACCCGCCGGGCAACGCCGCCAUUCGCUCGUGGCAAGCAAUCUUCAUCACCUAUGGCAGCGCGUCUUUCCUCUGGGGCCUGUACGUCCUCUGGACUCUGCCCGACAGCCCCAUGCGUGCCAAGUGCUUCUCGGAAGAGGACAAGAAGCUCAUGGUUGAGCGUGUUCGUUCCAACCAGACGGGUCUGCAGAACAAGACGUUCCGUGCCUACCAGGUCAAGGAGGCUUUCACCGACCCCCAGACGUACUGCUACAUGCUCAUCCAGAUCUGCACGACUCUCCCCACAUCCGGACUCGGUGCCUUCUAUAACAUUAUCCUCAAGGGCUUGAACUUCUCGCUUCUCCAGACCCAGCUUCUGGCCAUGGUUCUGGGUGCCAUCAUCAUCUUCACCUUGAUGACCUCGGCCUGGGCAACCAAGAAAUGGAACCAGAACCUGAUCACGAUGGCUGUCUUCCUAAUCCCAUCGUUCAUUGGUACGAUUGUUAUCAUGACUGUGCCGAACAAGAACGAGUCUACCAAAGCUGGUCUCCUGAUCAGCUACUGGAUCGUCUUCACUUUUUGGGCUGCGCAGGGUCUCGGCAUGUCCAUGCUGACGCGAAAUGUCGGAGGGCAGACCAAGAAGUCUGUCUGCAUUACGCUGAACUUCUUGGCUUGGUGCGCGGGUAACGCUGCGGGCCCGCAGGUCUUCUUCGACGGUGACGCGCCCCGCUACAUCAAGGCGCUGACAAUUCACCUCGUCUGCUACUCCGUCCUGGUUGCUGUCAUUGUGUUCCUUCGCUGGAACCUGGUCUGGCGCAACAAGAAGAAGGACAGGAAGUACGGUGCUGAGAUUGACACCACCCACGGCUUCGAUGAUUUGACGGACCAGGAGAACAAGAACUUCCGCUACAUCUACUAA